AUGCGCGCCACCGCGCGAGCGCUCGCGACCGCGGCGACGACGCCGCCGCCGUCCGCGUCCGCGUCCACGUCGUCGUCCGCGUCGUCGUCGCGCGCGUCGAGCGCGCGCGCCGCCCCAUCAUCAUCAUCAUCAUCAUCAUCAUCAUCAUCAUCAUCAUCACCGCGCGUCGCGCGACCACCACGACGCAGAAGAGACGUCCUCCUCGCGUCCGUCCUCGCGCCUCCCCUCGUGUCCGUCCUCGCGCCGCCCGCGCGCGGCGCCUCGACGACGAUCUCGACGGAGUAUGACGACGCGGACGCGGGCGUCGUCGACGGCACGCUCGGCUCGUGCGCGGGGUUCCGCGCGAGCGAAUGCCGAAGCGCAUACGACGACCGCCCGCCUUACUUUAUCGCGCCGUGGGAGUUCGAGCCGAGCCUCGGCGCGGAGGAGGCGACGCGACGGCUCCGACGCGCGAUCGUCGCCACCGGCGGCGACGUCGUGGAGGACGUCGUCGCGGUCGCGUCGGACGGCGGUGAUGGCGGCGGCGGAAGCGCGGCGGAGUACCAGUAUCUCCGCGCGGUGUUCCCGGGGGACGUCGCGAUCGAGUUCUUACUGCCGAAGGAGGGCGACGCGGUGUGCGAGACGAGAGGCGUCGUCGCGUCGAAGUCCGGCGUCGGCGGCGGCGUCGGGCUGAGAGCGUCGAUGGCGUCGCUCGUCGCGCGAAAGUCCCCGGUGGACGAGCAGCUGAACGCGACGCGCCGACGCCUCGGCUGGGGCGAGGUCCCGGUGCUACGGAACAGGAGCCGGAGGUUUCUGUUCGUCGAGAGCGGGUUCGACGACUUCGGGCCGGUGCCGCCGCCGGGGGGGAUGGACUACGGCGGCGGACUCGCGUCGAGGCUCGACGACGACCUGCAGUAG